AUGGAAAAAAUCGAACUCUGGGAACCCUUAUACACAAACAAGUUCGUUGUCAUCCAAACCGAUCCCAAAUUCUUGCCGGCUGAGGUCGACAGAAAAUGGAGAGAAAUUGAUGCCCCGAUUGUCAGUUUCCCAAUGAAGGUCAGCUGUGUGAGAAAUCACGGAUUCUCCACGGUUCUUUGGUGCGAGAAAUGGAUGCACGAUACGAAGAUGCGUGCUCAUGAGUUGAGCUUGCAGGAGGAGUUGAGAUUGAAGGAGGAGUCGAGAUUGAAGGAGGAGUCGAGAUUGAAGGAGGAGUUGAGAUUGAAGGAGGAGUUGAGAUUGAAGGAGGAGUUGAGCUUGCACAAGGAGUUGUGA